AUGGGUACGGUGCUGUCGCUCUCCCCCGCCUCGUCGGCCAAGGGCCGGAGGCCGGGCGGGCUGCCGGAGGAGAAGAAGAAGGCGCCGCCCGCGGGGGACGAGGCGCUGGGGGGCUACGGGGCGCCGCCCGCCGGCAAAGGAGGCAAAGGCGAGAGUCGGCUCAAACGGCCGUCCGUCCUCAUCUCGGCGCUCACCUGGAAGCGCCUGGUGGCCGCGUCGGCCAAGAAGAAGAAAGGCAGCAAGAAGGUGACGCCCAAGCCCGCGUCCACGGGGCCCGACCCCCUGGUCCAGCAGCGCAACCGCGAGAACCUUCUCCGCAAGGGCCGGGAUCCCCCCGACGGCGGCGGCGCGGCCAAGCCCCUGGCGGUCCCGGUGCCCACCGUCCCCGCGGCCGCCGCCGCCGCUGCCGCCGCCGCCGCUGCCGCUGCCGCCGCCGCUGCCGGCGAAGCGCCGUCCGCGGGCCCCGCCGCCGCCCCGCCGCCGGGCUCGGGCGGGGGGAAGCCGCCGCCGCCGCCGCCCCCAGCCCCGCAGGCGGCGCCCCCGGUGCCUGGCGGCUCGCCGCGGCGGGUCAUCGUGCAGGCGUCCACCGGCGAGCUGCUGCGCUGCCUGGGCGACUUCGUGUGCCGACGCUGCUACCGCCUCAAGGAGCUGAGCCCCGGCGAGCUGGUGGGCUGGUUCCGCGGCGUGGACCGCUCGCUCCUGCUGCAGGGCUGGCAAGACCAGGCCUUCAUCACGCCCGCCAACCUGGUGUUCGUGUACCUGCUGUGCCGCGAGUCGCUGCGCGGGGACGAGCUGGCGUCGGCCGCCGAGCUGCAGGCCGCCUUCCUCACCUGCCUCUACCUCGCCUACUCCUACAUGGGCAACGAGAUCUCCUACCCGCUCAAGCCCUUCCUCGUGGAGCCCGACAAGGAGCGCUUCUGGCAACGGUGCCUGCGCCUCAUCCAGAGGCUCAGCCCGCAGAUGCUCCGGCUCAACGCCGACCCCCACUUCUUCACGCAAGUCUUUCAAGACCUCAAGAACGAGGGCGAGGCCGCCGCGGGCGCCGGGGGUCCACCCAGCGGGGGCCCGUCCGCCACCACCACCUCCACCACCUCCUCCUCCUCCUCCACCUCGGCCGCCAGGGACAGCUGCGCGGCGGGAGCCAAGCACUGGACUAUGAACCUGGACCGCUAA